GCACACUGGGGCUUUGUCCAGCCCCCCGCCGCGACCCGGGGGGGCCACAUGACCGAGGGGGUAGGAGGAGCCUGCGGCGGAGGUGGCUGCAGCGGCGGCUUCACAGUCAUUUCUCUCCCUGGCGGGGGCUCGGCGAGCAGCUGCCGAGCGGAGCUAGGCGGAGCAGGGCGCGCCAGGCCCCCUGUUUCCCGCCGGACUGCAGCCGGGUCUGGGCCAGCAGGGCAGCUGUGACCUGAACGCUCUCCCAGCGUCGACGAGCUGGGUGUGCGACUGCACUGCCACCCCCGGGAUCAUGGGGAAUGGCAUGACCAAGGUACUUCCUGGACUCUACCUCGGAAACUUCAUUGAUGCCAAAGACCUGGACCAGCUGGGCAGGAAUAAGAUCACACACAUCAUUUCUAUCCAUGAGUCCCCCCAGCCUCUGCUGCAGGACAUAACCUACCUUCGCAUCCCAGUGGCUGACACCCCUGAAGUGCCCAUCAAAAAGCACUUCAAAGAAUGUAUCAACUUCAUCCACUGUUGCCGCCUCAAUGGGGGGAACUGCCUUGUACACUGGUGAGUUAAGAGGGAAGUUGGGGGAGAGGAAGUGACUGUCCUUCAUCCCAAACACACUCAUCCUACAGGAAUGAGGUACCAGUGACAUCUCCAGGCUAUCAUAAUGCCUUACAGUCCACUAUCCAUCUGACAGAAGCCCACUGGGGAUUUAAAAAGAGUCCUGGACUCCUUAUACCAAAAUGGCCUUGAGCACAUAGCUAUUUCUCUUUGAGACUCAAUUUUCCAAUCUGCAAAAUUGGGGAAGGAUCUAAUAGAUGGUACAGGCAGGUUCAUGCAGGUAGGCCAGCACCCUUCAAUAGUUCUGGCUCCCACCCCACCACCCUACUCCCUCCUGGCCAUUGUGAUAGUGCAGAGAACAUCAGGCUGAGAGACAGGAUCCUUAAUCUUUCCAGUGGCUCUAACUCAUUAAUACCAUUAAUUCCAUAGCUUCUCUUUCUGCUAGGUUCAGGAUGGCUCUAUUGAGUCCCUGCCAUAAAAAAUGGCCCCUCCCACUGUCUUUCCAUCCUUCGGGGCCUGGGGUAUCUCACCAUUCUUCAAUCAACCAGGCUUCCAACCACAGAGUCUUUGUAUACUGUCAAAAACAUUCUUUAAAAUUUUCUAUCUUUACUUAUUUAUUGGAUAGAGACAACCAGUGAUAGAGAGGGAAGGGAGUGGUAGAGAAGGGAGAGAGACAGACACCUGCAACACUGCUUCACCACUUGAAGAGCUUUUCCUUUGCAGGUGGGGACUAGGGGCUUGAACCUGGGUCUUUGUGCAUUGCAACAUGUGUGCCCAAUGAGGUGCACCACCACCCACCCCCUCACCUUUUUUUAAAAUUUAAUUUAAUUUAAUUAAUUUUUAAAAAAUAUCUUUAUUGGGGGGAUUAAUGUUUACAGUCAACAGUAAAUAUAAUAGUUUGUACAUGCAUAACAUUUCUGUUUUCCACAUAACAAUACAACCCCCCAGGUCCUCUAUCAUCCUUUUCCGG